UACCGAGUCGAUGUGCAGGGGUAUGGGGUAUUUGAGGUAGCUAUGUACUGUACAUAUAGGUAGAGGUAAAUUGACUAGGCAAGAGGAUAGAUAGACAGUAGCUGCAGCGUAUGUGGUGAGUGUGAAAGUGUGUGUGUGGCGUCAGUGUAAGUAUGUGUGGUCCAAUGUGUGUGCAUAGAAUCAGUCAGUGCAAGAGAGUUACUGCAAAAAAUAGUAAAUAAGGACUUGGUCCUGACUUUGGUUUAGUCUUUGUCCUGGAGUUAAUUAAUAAAAGCCUUCAACUAGAAUCUUCAAGUUGAUUCUUGACAAAGUGGCAGCAUAAAAAAUGGCUCUAAAUCUCAGGUCCAGGUAUGCAGCAAACGUUUUCCCUCUCAGCUGAGGCGUCACUAGGGGGCGCUCAAUGCACAGGGGCUUGUCCACUCCACACAAAAACAAGGUCGUUACCAGCACAGCAAAGUCCUAAUUAAACCCCGCCUAUUUCUACAAUUUAUCUUAUUAAAAUCUGAUUUUAAACCUAACCAGACUGCUGUGCUAACCUUGACAUACACAAAUAAAUGUAUGCACAAAUAAAUGUAUGCACGCAUGACGGUAAGUCGCUUUGGAUAAAAGCGUCUGCUAAAUGGCAUAUUAUUAUUAUUGACCUUAAAUUAAGACUAUAAAGCUGCAUUUUUACGAUAUAGCCAAUAUUUACUUUGUGGCUGUGGUAACUAGUGACAACCCAAGAACACCAGACAGUGUGCCUAAAACAAAGCAAGUCCACAGUCUAAAUGAGAGGAUUACGACACCUCUCCCUAGCCUCAGUGGCUAUGGUUUGGGGCAGGGUUCCCUGCAGACUAAACAGCAGAGGGGGACGACCCCCUGCUCCUUUGGGAGCAAGGAUUCUGACCAACUCUGAGGACAUCUUCCAGCAUAACAUGUGGGACCAUGUGAAAUGGUCUGAGGAAGAGAAAGAAAAAGCCAGACAAAAGGCAGACGAUAAUUCUAGCUUACGCAUUCCAUUAGAAGAGCAAGGCAAAUAUGACGUAGACGCCUGUAAAUACUGGGACAGCUUUUAUGAGAUGCACCAGGACAAGUUCUUUAAAGAUCGCAAGUGGCUGUUCUUGGAGUUCCCAGAGCUUCUUCCUUUGGGGCCAGAGAGCAGUGCUACUGAGGAGAGACAGUGUGGGCUGCGGGCCACAUGCCCAGAGCCUGGUGUGUCUGGCAGGGACACAGAGAUGGGGAAGCAGCGGCAGCAUGCACCCAGUCACCAGCACAUAGAUCCACUGACUAGUGAUUGCCAGCAGUCCUGUAAUCAAGAUGGGAGAGACACUGCAGAGGCUGCAAGGCAGACCAGCUCUUUCCCAGGCGAACAUGCAACUUUCAGGAUCUUAGAGGUUGGAUGUGGGGCUGGUAACAGUGUGUAUCCUAUUGUCAGUUCUAUUAAAGGGACAGGGGCAUUCUUAUACUGCUGUGACUUUUCUCCUCGUGCUGUCCAGCUGGUCAAGGACCACCCAAACUAUGACCAGUCUGUGUGUCACGCCUUUGUUCAGGACGUCUGUGAUGAGGUGGGCUACUUUCCGUUCCCUCCACUGAGCCUGGAUGUUAUUCUGCUGGUCUUCGUGCUCUCCUCCAUUCACCCCAAGCGAGUCCAAGGAGUUGUUACCCGGUUGUCUCAAUUCCUGAAACCCGGAGGGAUAUUCCUCUUCCGGGAUUAUGGCAGAUAUGAUUUAUCACAACUACGGUUUAAAAAAGGUCGGUGCUUGUCAGAGAAUUUCUACUCAAGGGGAGAUGGAACUUGUGUUUAUUUCUUCACAAAAGAUGAAGUUCACCAUUUAUUUUCCAAUGCUGGUUUGGAAGAAAUUCAGAAUCUGGAGGAUAGGCGACUACAGGUGAACAGAGGGAAGAAAGUUGUAAUGCACAGAGUGUGGAUGCAAAGCAAGUUCAAAAAACCUCAACCACUAGCACCACCAUCGUAGUCUACCAACACUGUCCCUGCUCGGACGAACAUGUUGCCCCAGGUUUGCUUUACCACGGACUCGUCUAUCCAGAUCAGAGGUCAGAAGCAGGUCAUAAGCAUGUCUCAGUGCAGUGAGAUGUGUCCGUGUGAUGCAUUUACAGUAUCACUGGGAUGGUCCACUAUCGUGCUGAGGGAGUGGCCAACUAUCGUGCUGAGGGAGUGGCCAACUAUCGUGCUGAGGGAGUGGCCAACUAUCGUGCUGAGGGAGUGGCCAACUAUCGUGCUGAGGGAGUGGUCAACUAUCGGGCUGAGGCAGUGGUCAACUAUUGUGCAAAGGAAGUACCUUCUGGUUGUUGUGUGCUUAUUAUGGGUUUCAAAUGCCAUGUAUGUAAAACCCACUUUUUGUAAGAAGACCAAUUGAAUUUAUUUGUCUGGUUGAGUGUAUGCAUGCAUAUAAAUAUUUAAUUAAACAUUUUUAUAUGUUGUGUAAACCCAUAAAAUGAAAAUCUGUGAAUGAUACUGUCAUAAAAGUUGGAUAUCUAACAAUGCAUUAAAAUUGCACCUACUAUA